GUGCCAUAGGCCAGAAGCGGUGUCCCCCAUAGAACAAAAGGCCAGGCAAAGCAUUGACAGGGUGUCAUCUGGAGGUGCAGGCAGACAGAGAGGAGCAAGAGAGAAGACUGGAGGCUAAAUAAAGGAAACUGUAUCUCUUUCAGGCGGUGGUCGCCCACGAUGAUGCCUUUCAAGGGAUCUGGCCUUGUGCUCCUCACCCUUCUGGUGUCUGUGCUAGUCCUGGGAGCCUAUUGUGCACCCAGCUAUGAGACGUUCCUAACCCAGCACUACGAUAAUCCCAAGAGCAGCGUCGGCAAGCAGUAUUGUGAUGUCAUGAUGAAAAGACGUGGGCUGGACAAACCAGCAUGCAAGGAAGUGAACACCUUCAUCCACGGCACCAAGAAUAACAUCAUAGCUGUGUGCACUGCAUCUGGAGGGAAGGAUUAUGGGAAGGGGUUGAGGAUUAGUCUCCGCCCCUUCACUGUCACCACCUGCAAGCACAAAGGCGGCUCAACUCGCCCACCUUGCAAGUACUCUGAUAACAAGUCAUCCAGGUACAUCGUCAUUGCCUGUAAUCAGGAUGGGAAGCCUGUGCACUUUGAUGAAAGCCUCAUUGUACCAUAGGAUUUUCAAGGCCCAGAUAAAAAAUGUUAUGUCAUCUCCUACA